AUGUGGCGAUCAGUAGCAAGAAGAGUUUCGUUUAGCAGACACGCAGCAGCACUGCAGUUUCGGUCAGUCCAAAACCCUCCUCUUCUUCAGGUAACUCACCGUCAAACCCUAAUCUUCGUGCAGUACUUAUUUCAUCUGCAUUUCUCUACACGGGUCUCCCAAAAAUCCUCAUAUUUCCCAAUCACUAGAUUUUUCUCUCACGAUUCAUUCGACCCAACUCAUGAUUUAGUUGUGGAAUCACAUAUUGAAUCGACAACCCCUGAAACCAAUGAAGACCGUGUUUUCGUUGAUGCUAACAACAUGUUUGAAGAAAAUCCCAGCUCAAUUUCUGCCGAUUUUGAAAAGGAAACCGUUUCUUCUUCUUCAUCAUCGAUUUUCGAAGAAGCUAGCAACAAUCUAACAAUGGAUGAGUUUGCUAGUGGCAUUGAUGAAUCUGUUGCAGUGGAAGAUGAGAAAAUGAAAGAGGAGGUUGAGGUGGAUUUGGAAAAGUUAGAGAGUUUGUUGUCUUUACUUCAGAGUAGUAAUAUUUUUGAGGGUUCUUUAGAAUCUAGCCUUGAGCAUAUGGGAUUGACUUUACAUGAAGAGUUUAUUGUAAGAGUACUGGAAACCCCGUUUGUUCCGGGUGAGAAUUUAAUUGGGUUUUUCAAAUGGGUUUCAAAGAAGCCGGAGUUUUCUGUUUCUUCAAAAGCCAUGGAUGCACUUGUUCGGGCCAUCUGCAGUGAACUCAGGAAAAAAGAUGCUUAUGCUUUGUGGGAUUUGAUGAAGGAGGUGGGGGAGAAGGAGAAUGCGGCGCUGAAUACUGAGAUUCUCAAUGAGUUGAUAUCUUUGUUUUCAAGGUUGGGUAAAGGGAAGGCUGGCUUGGAGGUUUUUAAUAAGUUUGGAGAGUUUGGAUGUGUCCCCAAUGCUGACACCUACUAUUUUGCCAUUGAAGCUCUUUGUAGGCGCUCUAUCUUUGAGUGGGCUUGCUCAGUUUGUGAGAAGAUGCUCAAUGCGGAUAAACUGCCAGACAGUGAGAAAAUUGGGAAGAUUAUAUCUUAUAUGUGUAAAGGUGGUAAGGCAAAAGAUGCUCAUUUGAUUUUUCUGUCGGCGAAGGAGAAGCAGAGAUACCCACCUCGAUCUUCUGUUAAUUUUUUGAUCAGCUCUUUGUGUCGAGACGAUGAGACAGUUCACUUGGCUUUAGAUAUGUUGGAGGAAUUUCAGGAAGAUGAUCGGAAAUAUGCUAUUAAGCAGUUCUCGGCCGUCAUUUCUGGAUUGUGUAGGAUCAAAGAUGUUGAAGGGGCAAAGAAAGUACUCUUUAAGAUGAUUGAUUUGGGUCCACCUCCAGGAAAUUCAGUAUUCAAUAUGAUUAUAAAUGCCCUAUCCAAGGCUGGUUAUAUGGAAGACACUACAAAAUUGUUGCAAGUUAUGGAAGAUAGGGGUCUGAAACCUGAUCUGUACACAUACAAUGUAAUUAUGAGUGGUUAUGUGAAGGGAGGUGAGAUGGAGGAGGCCUGCAAGGUUCUGGCUGAAGCCAAAAAGAAGCACCCCAAGCUUGGCCCUAUGACUUAUCAUACCCUCAUUCGGGGUUACUGCAAGCUUGAACACUUCGACAUGGCUUUGAAGCUGCUGCGUGAGAUGGAGGAGUAUGGGGUUCAGCCUAGUUUUGAUGAGUACAAUAAGCUGAUCCAAUCUCUAUGCCUAAAGGCUGUAGAUUGGGGAAUGGCGGAAAAGCUGCUGGAGGAAAUGAAAGAGAAGGGUUUGCAUCUUAAUGGCAUCACAAAGGGACUCAUAAGAGCAGUUAAAGAGUUGGAAGAAGAGGGAAUGGAGACUGAAGAAGCUAGUGUUGAAGCAUAA